AUGCAGCUGGUUGGUGGUGAAGAUGUCUGUUUUGUAGGGACGUUCAGCUUGUGGUGUCACCCGAAGUUUGAGGACCGCUGCCACUCAGUGGUGGAGUUCAUCGAGCGAGCCAUCAUGCACUCCAAGAACGGCAAAUUCCUCUACUUCCUGCGCUCCAGAGUCCCAGGGCUUCCUCCCACCCCGGUUCAGCUGCUGUAUCCUGUAUCUCGCUUCAGCAACGUGAAGUCGCUACAGCAUCUCUGUCGCUUCUGCAUCCGACAAAUGGUCCGCAUCGACCACAUCCAGGAGCUUCCACUGCCCAGACCGCUAAUAUCCUACCUGAGUAAGUUUUAUUACUACGACCCCGAGGAGGAGACGUACCUGUCCAUCAAGAGCAUCCGCAGGGCGGUGGGAGCAGAGCAGGAGGCCGAGUCGCAGACGUAGCAGCAAAGAUCUUCUCAGCUCAAGUUUCUGUAUGGAGGACUGAUCUGUACUGGUCUGCCAGUCUUCCACAGUCAGCCAGUCAGAGUCCCCGGAUGUCUCUGUGUCUCCAGCUGGACUUGGAUGGACCCCGACUCUCUCUUGACUUGGACUAACAAAAAGAGGGACGAGUGUUUGCAGCUGGACGGCGGGAAAACUGUGAGUGAGACGUUGAGGUGCAGAGGACUCGGCCUCGUCUUCAGAGGGACUGCAGAGACAUUCUCGCCCGCCAAAACAUGUCGGUUUGAAACAAAACGGAGAAUUAUUAUGAACUUUGUUUGCAAAAUUUCUCGAAUCUGCUGAACUGGACUUUUAAAAACACACAAUGCACUGGUCGAUUUGUACAACUGUUGUUUGCUGCCGUUUCCUUGUUUUUCCUUCCAUGCUGUCAAAAGGAGGGUUUUUGGAUUUAAAGUUGCCCUCGGAGCAGAUAUACGCACAGAGGCACGGCAGCAGAGGCGAUUCAGGCAGACCGCCGAGCUGGAGGACCUGUAGUCAUUUAUCAAGUAACCUGAUUCUUCUCCUUUUUUUUGAUUAAAAUAUCAGAAUUAAAAUAUUGGCUUAAGUUCUAGUUCUUUUUUUUUUAUUUUAUUCUUUUCUUUUCUUUUCUUUUUUGGGUUAUAGUUAGAUCUUUAUGUCAAACAUAACAAUUUUUUUUUUUUUUUAAUUUUUUUUAUUUAUAGCUAGAUCUUUAUUUCAAACACACCAAACAGGAGAAGAAAAUCAAAUAUGAGCGAGAGAAACAACACCAAAACGCCCAUCAAACAUAUUCAGUAAAGAAACGUUAGACUCAGUGCUAUUUUACCAGAAAUAUGUAUCUGUGUAUAUAUGUGGGCGAUUCUUCUCGGCUUGAAAUUCAUCAUCAUUUCACCGUUUAUGUUUUUUAGCCUGAUUAGAAAAAAACAAAAUUGCAAUUUAAUUUCCCUCCGCAAAUUUAAUCACUGAGAUUGAGAUUUCUGGCGUUAUUAGGGCCCGAGCACCAAGCAUAUAAAACAAAUUAAAUCUGACAACAGAAGAGAGUCGCAAUUUAACUGUUUACGCUGCUGUGCUGGGAGUUUACGAGCCUCUGUUUUUUCCCACAAUGCCGUGCCUCAGAGUGUGUAUAUCUGCGUCUUCUGACUCAUCUCUACCUGUCAGUUUUAUUUGUUGAAAUGCCCAGGUGUAUUUUGCUCAUUCUAUU